UGCAUUUCGCACCAGAAAUCGAUAGUCGCGGGGCUGGCCCUGCCCAACGCAGAGGCUCCGGGAGGCUGGCCGGAGCCGCUAUAUAACCAGGAGCCAGCAGCUUGCGCCUUCUUUCUCCCUGCGCGUCCAGCGUCGCCAGGCGCAGGCAGGCCAAGGCGAGGAGAAGGGAGACCUUGCAGUGCUUCCUGCUUCUGCUGCUUCUCCUCCUCCUCCUCCCUUGGACAAGACGCUUCUCCUUCUCGCCCAAAGGGGUCCUGCAAAAACGCGCGCGCUUCCUUGGCGCACGGAGAUGCGCGCAGCGGCAGCGGGCAGGGCAACAGCUGGCUCUCAGGGAUCUCCUCAAGGCGGCUGCCGCUCCUGCAGUCGUUUGGAGCUUUGAAGGGACCCGCUUUGAAACAUCUUCCCCGCGGAGGACCGGCCGUUGCGCAGGCGCUGAGGGUGCCUGCCCGCCUAACCUGCUGCUGCUGUCACUUCGGGGACUUUGUUCAGACGCCCAUCGCCUCUUCCCUCGGCCGCUGCGAUGCUCCCUUUUCCGUGCGGAAGGCGUCCCCAGCUGCUGCUGCUGGGCUACUGUUGGCUGUGGGCUCAGAGUUGCCUCUCGCUGCGAGUCCUGAGUGGGCAAAAGAUAUGUUAUGGUGAUUCAACACACCCCUGCUACAAGAUAGCCUAUUUUCAAGACUUGUCCAGACGUCUGGGAUUCCAGGAGGCUCGCCUGGCCUGUGAAAUAGAUGGCGGAGUACUCCUCAGCCUUGAAAGUGAAACAGAGCAAAAGUUAAUAGAAAACAUGCUGCAGAACCUCACAAAAUCAGGCCUCGGCAUUUCUGACGGGGACUUUUGGAUCGGGCUGUGGAGAAGUGGAGAGGGACAAACCACAUCAAGUGCCUGCCCUGAUCUUUACAAGUGGACAGAUGGAAGCAAUUCACUCUUCAGAAAUUGGUAUACAGAUGAGCCUUCCUGUGGGAGCGAAGCUUGUGUUGUGAUGUAUCAUCAACCAACUGCAAAUCCUGGCUUGGGAGGGCCUUACCUUUACCAAUGGAAUGAUGACAGAUGCAACAUGAAGCACAAUUUUAUCUGCAAAUAUGGUCCAGAUGACAUCCUAGAAAAAGAAUUAGGAGACAGAGCAGAUCCAGAUUAUGAAGCCCAGCCAACGGUGCCAGCAGGGAAGCCUCACGAUUCAAGCAAGCCAGAAGAUCAUUUUCCGGUGGUUGUUACUGAAACUGGUUUAAUUCCCAAUUUAAUUUAUGUUGUUAUACCUACUAUACCACUGCUGUUGUUGAUAUUAGUGGCUUUCGGGACUUGCUGUUUCCAGAUGCUGCAUAAAAGUAAAGGAAGAACAAAAACCAGUCCGGACCAGUCUACGCUAUGGAUUUCUAAGAAUGCACGGAAAGACAGCAGCAUGGAGGUAUAGAGAUAUGACUGAAAAGAAAGCAGGAAUAACACUUUUCCAUUCAGGAUCUAUUAUAAUGUCAUGUCAGAUAUUAGCUUGGAAUGGCUUGGAAUUGCAAUGGAUCAGCAAAAUGA